UUUAAAAUAAAAAACCAAAAACAAAAACUAUGCAGAAAUAUUUAUAACAAUAAUUAAAGAAAUAUGUGUCCAGCAGUAAAUCGUAUCUAAACACAAAAGAAAAAAUAUUAAAAUCCCCAUCUACAAUGCAAAAUUACAUUCUGUAAUCAUAAAAUCAAAUAAGAAAACCGUUCUAUGAAAACGCAAACUUGUGCAAAGCAAAACAAUCAUCAAAAAGAAAAAUUCUGUAAAAAAGGCGAAUAAUAGCAACAAAAGAGAAAAAACAAACAUCGUGUUAAGAAAAAAGCAUUAACACAUUCUUGUAAAAUAAACAAAACACGUAUCAAUUAUUUAAACAUCAAUAACUGUACAAAUUUUAAAACACAUUCAACAGUUUGUUUAAGUUAAUGUAAACUCUUAUCUCUAGAAUACGUUAAGGAAAAACUUUACUUUUUAAAUAAGUUUUAAUUUGUGUUAUUUCCGUUGAUACGUGAUAUCAAAAAAUUUGUACUUGACCGCCUCAAAUUCAGUUGCCUGCGGGCACAACACUUCGCAAUAGUAAUUCGUAAGCGUGCGCCUUUUGCCAACGAAGAUGAAUGCGCGCUCGCAAGUUUUUGACCUCGCCAUCGAAGGCCGUCAAGUGGACGAGGCUGUUGCCAGCAUCUUUCAUACGGUGCUCUUCCAUCGCUGCCUAGGCAAAUACAUGUACACAGGCGAUGCUCAGUACUCCAUCGGCACAAUUGGUUAUACCGAUGUGGAUUGUGAUUUCAUUGACUUCACAUACGUUUGCUGCACGUCAGAGCUGCUGAUACGUAACGUUAAACGAGCCAUUAACAAUUUCAGCGAGCAGUUGCGCUCCAAUGAAAGCUGCGGCUCCGGUCAAAUAAGUUUGGAAUUCUUUCAGAAACGUAAAUCGCGUUGGCUAUUCCAGCAAGAAUGCAUCCCAUGGGAGGUGUGGACAGUUCAUUUGGAUCUCAUUAAACACGAAAGCGAAGACGAACGUCAACUCAGUCGAGAGAACGUUGCGGAUUUAUUAUCGGAAAAAGUGAUAUAUAUCACGGAGCUGAUGAAUCGAAUGGAUUAUGUGCCGAAGUCACCGGGUCAAAGUGAAUUAGAUACGGUUUUCGACACUUCAUAUCCUGAUGUACAGCCGUAUUUAUUCAAAUUCGAUUGUUCGACUGCGGGCUCACAGUCACCAUCGGUAACCAACACGGUUAGGAAAAUGUUCAAGGGAUCGCUUGCGUUGUGACGUGUAGUGCUCGCGAGUGAGCAUAGCCACCGCCAACAACAACAACAGCAACAGCAACAACAAGAAAAACAGCAACCGCAAACACAAACGCAAUUGCAGUCGCAACCGCAAUUACAGCAGUUGCGCGCUCUGCAGCAGCAGCAGCAGCAGCAAACACAACAGCAAGGAAUCGAGAUGGUACUACAGCAGCCAAGAUAUGCUAAAAGAGAUACGUUUGUUGUGUCCGGUGGAAAGUACUUUACUAAAGGUACAAGUAUUAUGAUUUCUCAAGUAAGUCGAGCGCAACGCAGCCGAGCAUUGAAUGACGACAAGAAGGAGCUAAACGCAGCACGCAAGUCCGCCUGUAUAGUAGGUGAUAAGAAUAGCGAACGCAAAUCACUUUUAGCUGUUGUGGGUGGUUUGAUUUUGCUAUUUUUAUGUCAACAUAAUCGUCUCGGCUCAUUUUAGGCGCACUUAACUAAUUAAUCAUGCCGAAAUACAAUUAAAUAGAUAGUCGCUACAUAAACUCCAAACCAAUUGUUCAUUAUUUACGACUAAAUUUAAUUUUUAACAAACAUACAUAAGUGUGUUACUACGCUGCACAAACUGUAACGAAAGCGUAGAAACCAAUACAAGGGAGUGGAGUGCUCAAAUUGUUUAAAAAAGCGUUACAGAAACAUUGAAAACAAAUUUCAAAAGUUAAAGUGCAAACUUUUCUACGGAAAUAAAAGUAAACUCUAAAAAUUAGUUGCAAAACUUUAAACAGUUAUUUUUUUUUGUAUGUGUGUAUGAAGAGAAAAAUAUUUAAGUGGUAUUGCGGAACUUACCUGAAUAUUAAUAUAGGUUAAAUUCGAUUGUUGUAUAAAAGUGUUAUAAUUUAUGUAUGUCCAACGCCGCCUCUGGAGUGCAAAUGAUUUAACUAAUUUCAGUAUAAGUCAGAAAAUGAACUGACUAAUUAGAGAAUAAACAUUAAAACGACUGAUUUUGCCUAAAAAUAAUUUGAUUUAAUGGUGUUUUUAAGCACGUUAAGUAGUAAGCAACGUCGAAAAAUAUAUUGAAAUAAUAAGUCGACAAAUUUUAUGAAGUGUCGUUGACAAUGAAAUUUGAGUACUGAAAAUUAAAAAAAAUAUAAGAAGUUUAAAAAAAAAAUUCCGUAGCAAAGAUAAUCAAUGUUUUAUUUUUAAAUUCAUUUUAUACCUUAACGUUGCUAACGCGCUCGCUUGACCGCUCUCUUGUUGGUUGGCUAACAGUUUGUGUAGCAUUGCCAAGAUGCUGUAAAAAUCCAAAAUUUAUAAAAACAACUCCUUGUAGGAGGUAAAUAAAAAACACUCAUGAUUGGAUUA